AUGUCUUUUACCAAACUCGUUAGUAAAAUCAAGUCUCUUUCCCUCCGACCUAAACCAGCUAGAGGCUACUCGCACUUAGUUGAGCCAGCAAAUGAAAGCGAUUCUGAUGUCCAGACAAUCUCCGUCGGAAAUAUCAACCCAGUCCAGCUUGUGAAGAAUCUUGAGCUCAAAUUCCCAUCUGGAUUCGAAGUUCAAAUUAUGCACAAUGUUUAUAGUAUACGAGCUCCAAGACGUCUUUCUCUAAGUGAAAUUGAAGAGUGUAGACGGGAUUUCGGCACACCCUCUUCCCCGAGCCGGGGCAUGGGGAAGCAGCCCAAGAAGCGAUGGGCCAUUCCCACAUAGCUCAGAUUACGAAUAGUUCGCUG